CAAAAGAGAGAAGAGGAGAAGUCGGAUGGUGUGUUUUGUUGUUUAUAUGUAAAAAAAACUUAUUUAAAAUGGCAUCAACAAGCAAAGCACCCGUUCAAACAAGGAAUUUACCAUGGGUUGAAAAGUACAGACCACAGACACUAGACGACUUGAUAUCGCACCAGGACAUCCUGAGCACAAUUCAGAAGUUCAUCAAAGAAGACAGGCUGCCUCAUUUGCUGUUUUACGGACCUCCAGGAACAGGAAAAACCUCCACCAUUCUAGCCUGUGCUAAGCAACUCUACAAGAACAAGGAGUUCAACUCCAUGGUUUUGGAGCUUAAUGCGUCAGAUGACCGUGGUAUAGAUGUGGUUCGAGGCCCGAUCCUAAGCUUUGCCAGCACCAGGACAAUUUUCAAAAAGGGGUUUAAGUUAGUGAUCCUGGACGAGGCUGAUGCUAUGACCCAGGAUGCUCAGAACGCUUUAAGAAGAGUAAUCGAGAAGUUCACAGAGAACACCCGGUUCUGUCUGAUUUGUAAUUACCUGUCGAAGAUCAUCCCAGCUCUGCAGUCACGAUGCACGCGGUUCAGGUUCGGCCCUCUCUCCCAGAGCCAGAUGAUUCCCAGAUUAGAGCAUGUCAUCCAGCAGGAGAGCAUUGACAUCACACCUGAUGGCAUGAAGGCUAUUGUAACCCUGUCAACAGGAGACAUGAGGCGAUCACUGAACGUUUUACAGAGUACUCAUAUGGCUUAUGAAAAAGUGACGGAAGACACGGUUUACACGUGUACAGGUCAUCCACUGCGCUCCGACAUCGCCAACAUACUGGACUGGGCAUUGAACAAAGACUUCUCUACAGCAUAUAACCAAAUUCUGCAGCUCAAAACUCUGAAAGGUCUGGCACUGCAUGAUAUUUUGACCGAGGUGCAUCUGCUUAUACACAGAGUCGAUUUUCCUCCGUCUAUUCGAAUGGGUUUACUCGUCAAGCUUGCAGAUAUUGAGUAUCGUCUGGCCUCUGGAACUAAUGAGAAGAUUCAGCUGAGCUCAAUGGUAGCUGCUUUCCAGGCAGUCAGAGAUCUAGUGGUCAGUGAUAGCUAGUCCAGUUAUUUACAUCUACACACCCUUCAUGUCUUAUUCAGUCAGUCUGGUUACAAUGUGAUGUUGUAAUGAGUACUUUUGCUUGAGUACAUUACACUUAAAAAUAAAAGUACUGGAGUUUUAUAGCAGCAGAAACAUUAAUGUAAAAUAUAAAUAAAUCUUGUUGCUUUUCUAAA